AUGGAUGCUCUAACCAUCGGUAGCGCACUCAUUUCCCAGUCAAGUCUUAGCGAGGCCAACCACAUUGCCAAGGAACAUCCGAGAGAAAUUUCCUGCUUACGACCAACUGCACUCACUGGCGUUCCGAUUUCGAAUUCCAACGAUCAAAUCACAACCCCUGCACGUUUCUUGAUUAUGCAAAAAGCCGCCAUGAAAUGGUUUAGAACGUACGUACACGAAGGCAACAUAGCAGGUCUACUUUUCAAAUCUUUCCAGUUAUACGAAAUGCUUAACGCUGGUAUCACCUGCAUUAGUUAUUUUCUUCGUUACCAUUGGCAAAAUGCUCUUGAAGGAGCCAAUGUGCACAGAGAAAAAUAUUAG